AUGGAAAAACCGGAACAAUGCUCUCAGGAAAUAGUGGAUCUAAUGCCUGUUCCUGGUGCCGGGCCUCUGGGACCAUUUGUACCAGCACCACCUGAGUAUGCGAUGCAGCUGUUCCGAAACCCAAGUGGAGGACCCAACAACCCUCCUUUUGAAGGUGGCAGCGGCGGCAGAGGUGGACCGGCCCCUUUUCUUUUGUCCCCUGCCUUUAGACAGGAUAAUUAG